AGAGUCAGGCCGGGUACCAGAACAGACAGGCGAUAACAGGAAAUAACCUGUCCGAGAACAAACCGCGGCAACAGCGGGAAGACUCGUUCCCACUGAACUCAUAUUUAUUUUAUUUUACAGCAGCAGACAGAGAGCUGUUGGUUGUCUGCUGUAGCCGGUUAAACUGCGCGGACGGGGACCAGCUUAGCUUAGUUUGCUGCUGGAAGGAAGAAGUGAAAGAGGAAAGGGGCUUCCAGUAUGAGGCUGAAAGUGGGAUUCCUUCUGCGGAGCUUACUGGUCAUUGGGACGUUUUUAGGUUUGGUGGUACUCUGGUCGUCUCUUUCUCCAAAGCCAAGCGACGACAACCCGUUCAGGAAAAAGGAUGACAGUUUUCUCCCCAAAGGUGACUUGGCCGAUCAGUUUAAACCGGUGGUGCCGUGGCCGCGUGUGGAAGGCGUAGAAGUCGACCUGAACUCCAUCAGACUGAAGCACGGCGGAGACAAUCCUCAGGAUGCGGGGCAGCAGCCUAACCAGAAGCAGGUCAUCCAGCAGCAGUAUGUGACGUUCAAACCAGACACACACGCCUACAACAGUCCUGUGCUAAAGAAAGGGGUUCUGGGAAAUUUUGAGCCUAAGGAACCUGAACCUCCAGGAGUCCCUAAUGGUCCCGGAGAGGGAGCCAAGCCGUUUGUUUUGGGUCCAGAGUACAAAGACUCCGUCCAAGCGUCCAUUAAGGAGUUUGGUUUCAACAUGGUGGCCAGUGACAUGAUCUCACUGGACAGAACGAUCAGCGAUAUACGCCAUGAAGAGUGUAAGUACUGGAAUUAUGAUGACAGACUGUUGACCUCGAGUGUCAUAAUAGUGUUCCAUAACGAGGGCUGGUCCACGCUGAUGAGAACAGUGCACAGCGUCAUCAAGAGGACGGCCAGGAGAUACCUGGCUGAGAUCGUCUUAAUAGACGACUUCAGCAACAAAGCUCAUCUGAAGGAGCGUUUGGAGGAGUACAUCAAGCAGUGGAACGGUCUAGUUAAACUCUUCAGAAAUGACAAAAGAGAAGGAUUGAUCCAGGCAAGGAGCAUUGGAGCCAAGAAAGCCACCAAAGGACAGGUUCUGAUCUACUUGGAUGCUCAUUGUGAGGUUGGAAUCAACUGGUAUGCUCCUCUAGUUGCACCAAUUUCAAAAGACAGAACUGUUUGUACGGUGCCUCUGAUCGACUCCAUCCACGGCCAGAGGUUCAACAUCGAGCCCCAAGGUGGCGGCGACGAGAACGGUUUUGCUAGAGGAGCCUGGGAUUGGAGCAUGCUCUGGAAGAGAGUUCCGCUUGGAGACAGGGAAAAAAAUCUGAGAAAAACAGUAACUGAACCAUAUAGGUCUCCAGCGAUGGCUGGAGGGCUCUUUGCUAUAGAGCGGGACUUCUUCUUUGAGCUGGGUCUGUACGACCCUGGGCUGCAGAUAUGGGGAGGAGAGAACUUUGAAAUAUCAUACAAGAUCUGGCAGUGUGGGGGCCAGUUACUCUUUGUGCCAUGUUCUCGGGUCGGUCACAUCUACAGACUCCAGGGGUGGCAGGGAAACCCCCCACCCGCACAUGUUGGAUCCUCUCCCACUCUAAAGAACUACGUUCGUGUGGUCGAGGUUUGGUGGGAUGAUUAUAAGGACUAUUUUUACGCCAGCCGCCCUGAAACGCUGACCCUAGCCUACGGAGACAUAAGCGAGCUGAAACGUUUCAGGGAGGAGCAUCGAUGCAAAAGUUUCAAAUGGUUCAUGGAGGAAAUAGCUUACGACAUCCCGUUGCACUACCCGCUUCCUCCAAAAAAUGUUGAGUGGGGGGAGAUUCGAGGUUUUGAAACCAGCUACUGUAUCGACAGCAUGGGCCACACGAAUGGAGGGAAUGUGGAAAUUGGCCCGUGCCACAGGAUGGGUGGGAACCAGCUUUUCCGCAUUAAUGAAGCCAAACAGUUGAUGCAGUACGACCAGUGCCUGACCAAAGGAGAUAAUUCAGCUGUGAUCAUCACACACUGCGAGAGGAACCAGCACACUGAGUGGAACUACUUCAAGGAUCUUCAUCGGUUCACUCAUGUUCCAACAGGUAAAUGUCUGGACCGCUCCGACCUGCUUCACAAAGUGUUCAUAUCAGACUGUGACGUCAGUAAAUCCACUCAGAAAUGGGAGAUGAACAACAUAGUCGCCGUAUGAAGACCUAAAGAAAUCUGUCCGACCGGAGAGAAAUACGGUGAUUUUUCUAAGGACAUGCGCCACUAAAUGCAUCUGAGAUUUUUUGUUUAUUCUGGACAACUCAGCUGUGGCUAUCAGCCAGAAAAUGCCUUUGUUAAGGUUCAACCUGGAUUCAACAGGAAGUCAUGCACUCCAGGGAGGAACUGGCUGGCAGGAAGCUGGAAGCAGCUGUGGGGUUAACUUUAAACUGGCAACUUGUCUUUUAUGGUGGUUGUGUUUACAUAGUUUUAUUUCUGUUUUCUUCAAAAUCAACUCUAAUCUUUUCACAUGCGUUUUUAAUUCUGAUUUGCCCGCUCGAUACCAAAUGCAGAUCGUUUGAUUGGUGAAGGACUCCGUUGUCCCAGACACUGCAUGGGUUUACUGCUCGCUUUGUUUUAUAAAAACAGACUUUUUGGUGUCAAUGUGACAUAAAAGCAGCUGAAUCAUGAGAGCUGAUGCUGGUAGACAACGUUCAUUGUUAAACAUGGCAGCUGUUUUAUUUGUUUUUUGACUCCAUUGCAAUGAAACUUUCACAGGAUUUUUUUUUAUGUUUUAAUUGCUCUUUAGACUCUAAAUCACCUUUACAGCUUCUGAAACCUCUAAACCCAAAAUAAAAAAGUGAAAAAAUAAAUAAACUCAGACUUUCCUGAAAUAGCUGUUUCUCCAAACUAAAAAUUCCAAGCAUAAUUUCAGUUGUUCCAUGUCUUAAACUGUAUGAUUGCCACUUUUUGGUCAGUUCUUUGACGAACUGUAAAAGACGUUGACUGCUUGCCUUACUGGAAUAACUUAAGAUGAAGUUUACUGUGACCUGUGAUGAAAUGGUGGGGGGAAAUGUCUGCUUUUGAUGCAGGGGGAAAAGGUUUGGGUUUAUUGUUGAUUAUGUUUGCAACAUUUUGUACAACAUAAAUGAAGUUGUUUCUAAAGAAAAUGGUGUAUUAUACCAGAGGCCCUUAAUGAUGUAAAUAUCUAACUUAUAGCAGAGAUUUAAUAAUAUGGGCCAAACAUUGGGGGAUGAUGAAAUAAACAAUUUUUACUA